UAGGCUCAGUUAUACCCAUGGUUUACUGCUAUCAUUAAUUUCUUCCAAGAAUAAUUUUGGUCAUCAGUGUUUGGUGUUGUAUGUGUUUUCGUUCAUUAACUUUGUCUUUAUUCUUUGUUAUUGUUUUACUCCUACCUCUUCUUUCUCUUCUUCUAUUUUGUAGCUUCUUCAAUUGAAUGUUUAGUUCAUAUAUUUUCAAUCACCCUUCCUUUUCCUUUUGGUACGAUGAAAGAUAUCUGUCUCCUUUAAUGCUUUUAACCCUAAACUAUAUUUCAAAAUUUAUUUAAAUAAUUUAAAUAAAUUUAAAAAAUUAUUUCACAGAAAUUUGUAAAAAUCAUAACUUGAUGAUUUAUGACAGUGAGUCAUUCUGAUGGCUGUGUAACCAGCACCUGCCUUCAGGAUAGAAUAAUCACAUUAUUCUAGAGACUUCCUCACACCCCCCACUCACAACCUGUCUCUCUCACAAAAGUAACCACUACUCUGACUUCUAACAUAGAUUACGUUGCCUCCUUUUUCUCUUUAUAUAAAUGGAAGCAAAGAAUAGGUAUUCUUUUGGGUCUGGGUAAUUUUGCUCAGUAUUCUGUUUAUAGAAUUAUUCUUAUAUUUUCAUGUAGUUCUUGUUUAUCUUCAUUGCUGUAUUGUAUUCCAUUGUAUGAAUACACUAUAGUGUACUUAACCAUUCUAAUGUUGACUGGCAUUUGAGUUGUUUCCAGUGUUUGGCUACUGAAAUAAUGUUGUUCUGAACAUUCUUGGACUUGACUUUCAUUGCACAGACACACACACAUCCUAGGCAUGAAUCAAAGCACAUGGGUAAGUUCAGUUUUAGUGGAUUCUGUCUAAAUAGUUUUUCAAAGUGAAUGUAGUGAUUCCCAUUCUCCUUACCAGAGUACAAGAAUUUCCACUGUUCACAACAACAUUUAUUGUAUUGUCAAUCUUAUGAAAUUUCAGCCUUUCUUUGAAUAUGCAAUUAUAUUCCAUGGUGGUGUUUUGUUUGUAGUUCCCUAGUAACUAUUUCCAAACAUUAGUUUGAAACCUGUCUCUAUUGUAUUUUUUCUUAAGUUUUCUUUUCAAUACUGACCUGAAGACACGACAUUUGGGAUACCCACCCAGGGCUGGGUGAUUCACUAGACCUCAAGAGGCCAGAGCCAAGUGUCGACCAAGGACAUCACAGACUUGCAGGCUCAGCCAGCACCAGUCCUGAGCAAGGCUUCUGCCCAGCGUGGAGUCCCCUGCAGAAUCAGCAAGCCUAAGAAAUAUUAUCAACUCAUUGCAUUAAAGUCUACUGGGGGUUCCUGCUGAUAUACUCCAACCCAUUUUUGAAAAAGUAGUGUUUUCCAGCAUCCUCACCUAUCCAGAACAUAAGUAAAAACUUGGGAGUUUCUUGCUUAUUAAUGAAAGCUAUGAAGUCUAAGUCCAACUGGGCCCAGAACCCAAGUUGUAGCAUAAUGGUAUUUCAUCCAACCAAGGAAGAGUUUAAUGAUUUCGAUACAUACAUUGCUUAUAUGGAAUCCCAAGGUGCACACCGAGCAGGCCUGGCCAAGGUAAUUCCACCCAAGGACUGGAAAGCCAGAGAGACCUAUGAUGAUAUCGAUGACAUCUUAAUAGCUGCUCCCCUCCAGCAGGUGAUUUCUGGGCAAACAGGAGUGUUUACUCAAUACCACAGAAAUAAGAAGGCCAUGACCGUGGGUGAGUACCGCCACUUAGCAAAGAGUGAAAAAUAUGGGACUCCACCACACUUGGAUUUUAAGGACCUGGAGCGAAAAUACUGGAAAACACGACCCUAUGGUUCACCAGUAUAUGGGGCUGACGUCAGUGGCUCCUUAUUCGAUGAAAACACGAAGCAGUGGAACCUUGGACAUCUGGGAACCAUUCAGGACCUGCUGGAACAGGAGUGCGGCGUGGUCAUCGAAGGCGUCAACACCCCCUACCUUUACUUUGGCAUGUGGAAGACCGCCUUCGCCUGGCACACGGAGGACAUGGACCUUUACAGCAUCAACUACCUGCACUUUGGGGAGCCCAAGACUUGGUACGCGGUGCCCCCGGAGCACGGCCGGCGCCUGGAACUCCUGGCCAGGGAGCUUUUCCCGGGCAGCUCGCGGGACUGUGAGGCCUUCCUGCGGCACAAGGUGGCUCUCAUCUCGCCCACGGUCCUCAAGGACAACGGCAUCCCCUUCGGUCGGGUCACUCAGGAGGCUGGAGAGUUCAUGGUGACGUUUCCCUAUGGCUACCACUCUGGCUUCAACCAUGGCUUCAACUGCGCCGAAGCCAUCAAUUUCGCCUCCCCGCGCUGGAUUGAUUAUGGCAAAGUGGCGUCGCAGUGCAGCUGCGGGGAAGGCCGUGUCGCCUUCUCCAUGGACGUCUUCGUGCGCAUCCUGCAACCGGAGCGCUACGAGCUGUGGAAACGCGGGCAGGACCAGAUCGUGGUGGACCACACGCAGCCCACGGAGCCCAGCAGCCAGGGCCUGGACGCCUGGAGGGAGGUCCCCGCGCCCUGGGGAGCCGCUCUGGGCCUGAGGCACCACCAGCCACGCCGCGCUCGGCGCCCCCGUGGGCCUGUAGCCGCGGACGGUGAGACCCGCCACCGAGUCCCUGUGAGUGCUGUGUCCCGGCGCUCCUCGCCGGUCCGGGGUUCUUGCUCGGCCGCCCAGUUCGAGGCUGAGGCCACCUGCACCUCCGGGGAGCCCGGCCCGACCCAGCCGCCGACCCCAGGUCCAUCUGCCCCGGAUCGCCACCCAGCUGGAAGAUGUGGCCCUCGUCGUCGUCCUUGGGAACAGGGGACUCAGGAGCCAACUGCUCCCCCCAGGGCUAAGAGGAGGCUUUCCUUAGACAUUGUUCAGGACCCAGAGGCUCAGCCCCUGCCUGUGGAUGCACCCUCGCCGGACAACGCUGACCCGCUCAGCCCUGGGCUCCAGCAUCCCGCCAAGGCUUCUGGGUGUGGUUGUGGCCCUGUCCCCUAAGCGCAGGGGAUGCCUUUCUACCCCACUGCUCUUGCGUGGGGAUCCUUUGAGACUGGUCGCACUGACAUUUCAGAGCUUUGGCUAUUUGCACGUCACUAGUCUUGCAUGAGAGUCCCUCCUGGGCUGCCGCUGGACCUGCUGGGUCCGUGGUGCUUACCAAAUUCGCCAAAGUUUGUUCUUCCUUCCAGACCCUGGAAUCUUUGGACACUGCUAACUCCUGUGUCACGAACUGAGGAUUCAUGCACUGGACACUCUAGUGUCUCUGGAAACUAGGUCCUGCUGAGGUCGCCAGAGCCCAAUCUACCUCAGACUCCCAUCCCGUGGGCCAGCUCUGGAUGCUGCUCAACUUCUAAAGAAUCCUGGGCUUUGAUUAGCCUCCAGUCUCCCUCCUUUUCCUCUUCCCCCUUCCCUUCCUGCUUUUCUUGCCAAACUAGGCCCUUGUGACCAGUUAGGUCAGUAGAGACUCAGAUAAUAAUUGAUAAUCUUUCUGAGUCUUUGAUGUAUUUAAAAUGUGUUCUCUGCCAGUAUGGUAACCAGAAAGAUAAAAUCUGACUUUACUAAAAUAUUAAAGGUAACUGGAAUAUUAAAAUCUGACUUUAUUUUGUGUUGUUCAUUCAGUCAACUGAGAGUUGGUCGUUUUUCUUGCACUUUUCUUAAUAAUUAUAUCAACACAUUUCAAGCAAAACUUAUUUUUCUGAGCUUGUUGCCUUGUGUGAUGUUGGUGAGUGAGUUUGGGGUUGAUUGUUGGGUUCCA